CGCUUAGCGCGCAGGCGCACUACUUGAAAAUAGGAAGUUGAUGCAGAUUUUCUUUCCAGUGAAAACAAAGUAGAUGUGACACCGCAGUCUGCUAAACAACAACAUCUACGGUGUUUAUUGUAGCUCAAGUGAAGCUCCUAUGCCAUAAUGAAGGCAGCCAGAAGCAAUAUGUUGGGUGCUGCAACAUCCAACAACGCGGUCAAGUAUUCACGACUGGCGGUUGACGAGGACGGUUACAUAGACUUACAAUUUAAGAAAAGCCCGCCAAAGGUCCCAUACAAGGCGAUUGCACUGGCAAUAUUCCUGUUUUUGAUUGGCUCCUUACUGAUUAUCUUCGGGGCUCUUCUUCUGUCAGGAACCUUAAAGGUCGAGCAUCCAGACCGCACCAUUCCUGUCAUCAUUAUAGGGCUACUCGUUUUCCUUCCUGGAUUUUACCAUUUGAGAAUAGCCUACUACGCCGCUAAGGGUUACCGGGGUUACUCCUAUGAUGACAUCCCAGAUUUUGGCGACUGAGCCAGCUGCUGGUUGGUGGAGAAUCCCUUCCUUUUGCCACACUGUAUCCUGAGACUGCUGCCUGCUGUUUACUUUUAAUGUAUAUAGAAAAUAAGGCAAAACUUUAUCACUGUUCUGCCAUGGAGACAGUUGUUAGUUCACAGGAUUUUAACUGUUUUGCUUAUUGGAAUUUUUUUAAAUUCUGUGUUGUUUAUUCGCCAGUAACAGCUGCAUGAUGCUGGUGGACAAUACUCAGCACUCAUUCAAGAAAUUAUAACAAACCCUGGAUGAGUGGUGAAGCACUCCGCAGAUGCCUUUAACUUACGACCGCUUGAAAGUCCAUGACUUGGAUGACUGAGAAUGUUUGCACAGUUGCACAGCUGUUUCAUAUCUCCAACAAAUAUUUAAUUGUGACUGUAGUCUGUAUGUCAUGAAAAGCUCAGAUUAUAUUUGCAGUACAAUCCAAAGAGUGAUUACUUUGUUGAAGUACAGUAUAUUUUUGAAUUAUUAUAUAUUCCUUUCUGUAUGAAGUAUUGUUGUUUGUGUAUAUUCAUUUGGUUGUGAAUAUCAAAGAAAGAUGUAUUUUUACAUACAUUUGCUUGAUUUAAAAAAAGGAAAUAAAAGUAUGAAUCUCAUCAAGAAUCUGAA